AAGAAGGAGACGAAGAAGAAGAGAGGCCGAAUCGGUGGUGGUAAUUGGUGGUGGUUAGCUGCUACUGCUGCUGCUGCUGCUAGUACUGCUGCUCACUCGAGCUGGAGUUUUUUUUUUCCUCUUCACGGCUAUGAUUGACAGAGUCAGCAGAGGUUUUCACGGGCAUGUCCGCACACUCGCUCGUUGGUUAUCGUAACAGAAAGAUCUGCAGCAUGGCGAGCGAAGAACGAGCCCGGAGUUGUCGCCAGUCACACACGCGAACAAGAACACCAUUUAUCGGAUUAUUGAGGAUGUUAUUUAUUGCUUUUAUCCACACGACGCGGGCAAAUAAACAAGCAUUCAUCCAGUCAGACACAAUCCUAGAGGUUCUACAUUUUGGCGAGGGGAGCCUCUUACAGGCGGAGUCUGACAUCGAUUUUAGUUUAUAUCAUCAACAAAGCACGUCCCCGCACCGUGGGAACUGUCGACCUAUACGAUUUGAACCUCCGAUGUUGGACUUUCAUGAACAGCCCGUCGGGAUGCCAAAAAUGGAGAAAGUUUAUUUACAUAAUCCUAGCUCUGAAGAAAUUAGCUUGAUAUCAAUAUCAGCGACAACGGCGCAUUUUCACGCAUCCUUUUUCCAGAACAGGAUAAUUCCACCGGGAGGGAACACAUCGUUUGACGUCGUGUUUCUCGCUCGAGUAGUUGGGAAUGUAGAAAACACUUUAUUUAUUAAUACAUCACAUCAUGGAGUGUUUACAUACCAGGUUUUUGGGGUCGGCAUCCCGAACCCCUACAGACUGCGGCCCUUCAUAGGGGCCCGAGUCCCUGUAAACAGCAGCUUCUCGCCUCUAAUAAACAUCCACAACCCGUACAGUGAACCACUGCAGGUUGUUGAGAUGUACUCCAGUGGUGGGGAUCUUCAUCUAGAGCUUCCCACCGGCCAACAAGGAGGCACUGGAAAAUUAUGGGAGAUUCCUCCGUUCGAGACAAAGGGGGUGAUGAGAGCCAGCUUCUCUUCCAGAGAUGUAGACAACCACACGGCCUUCAUCAGAAUCAAAACCAACGCUCCCAACGAGGACCAGUUCAUCAUCCUCCCUGUAGAGGUGGAGGUAACAUCAGCACCUGGUAUAUAUUCCUCCACAGAGAUGCUCGACUUUGGCACGCUCCGAUCUCAAGAUCGUCCAAAGUUGCUGAAUCUACACCUUCUAAAUUCAGGAACUAAAGAUGUUCCAAUUACAAGUGUGCGUACAACACCGUCAAACGAGGCGAUCACAAUAGACUUCAAAGCAGUUACGCUCAAAGCUGGAGAGAGCCGAUACACCAAAGUUGCAAGUAUUAGUUUUGAUGCCUCAAAAGCAAGAAGACCAUAUCAGUUUUCUGGUAAAAUAACUGUUAAAGCAAAAGAGAAGAGUUAUUCAAAGCUUGAAAUUCCAUACCAGGCGGAGGUUUUGGAUGGCUACUUGGGUUUUGACCACACAGCUACACUGUUCCACAUCAGGGACAGUCCUGUGGACCCGGUGGACAGACCCAUCUUCCUUACAAACGCCUUCAGCUUCGCAAUCCGCAUACACAACGUGUCCCUGCCCGAAGAGGCCAAAAUUAUGUUUAAUGUGCAGAACUUCAGCACGCCCAUCCUCAUCCCCCCGCAAGAGUCGCGUUACAUCUUCUCCCUUCUCUUUCGGCCGGUCCGGCCAUCCAUUCACAUAGACAGCAACAUCCUGCUCAUCACAAACGCGUCAAAGUUUCACCUCCCAGUCCGGGCCUACACGGGCUUCCUGGAGCCCUUGGUCCUGCCCCCCAGCGUGAAAGGGAGCCUCCUGGACUUUGGUGUGCGCAGUGCCACAGACACCAGCAGCAUCAUAUUUGUGGUGGUCAACAGCAACCCUAUAGAGCUGGAGAUUAAGUCCUGGUUUGUCACAGGAGACAGUCUGUCCAUGGAACUGUUAAAGACAGAGAAAGGAAACACAACAGUGGCGCUGAGUCGCCUGCGAGAGCUGCAGAACACUUCGGCCUCGCAUCACAAAACGGUGAUAUUAGCAUCUGGUUACUAUGCUGCUUUCAGAGUGAUACUAGUGGCCAAGGCCCUGGAAGGCACGUAUGAUGGAGCGAUACACAUUACCACAGAUUAUGAGAUAUUAACCAUCCCAGUGAAAGCUCUCAUUGCAGUGGGCACAUUAAACAGUUCUCCCAAGCACAUCAUUUUGCCACCUUCAUUUCCAGGGAAGGUUGUUCACCAAAGCUUCAGCAUACAAAGCUCUUUUACCCAAAAAGUGAGGCUUCAGCAGAUCCGCUCCCUGACAGAAGACAUACGGUUUUAUUAUAAACGGCUCCGCAACAACAAAGACGAGCUGGAGCCAAGACGUAAAUCUAAGGUGGCAAAUAUUUAUUUUGACGCCGGCUUGCAGUGUGGUGAUCACUGUUAUGUGGGCCUGCCAUUUGUGCUUAAAUAUGAGUCCAAGCCUCAUGGGAUGGCACUACAGGAGGAUAUUUGGGACGCAGACGUAGACCUUCACCAGAAACUCCUGAGACGAUGGAAAGAGCUGAAAGAGAGCUCAGGACACAAACUUGAAGCGGUCUUUGAAGUCAACACGGACCUCCAGAAAAACGUGCAAGCCAAAGUAACAGCGCAUUUGACCUGGCCCUCCUUGGUCAACUCUUCGCAGCGAAUCACGUUCCCCCUGACCAACACCAACAGCUCCUCCGAUGAAGAGGUGAUUCUGCAGAACCCUGCAGACGUCCCCGUCUACGUCCAAGUUCUCCCCCUGGCGCUGUUGCCCAACCCCUCUGUGUUUUCUGGACGGCUGGCUGACAGGUUGCCGUUGGGAAAUUUGUCUAACAUCAAUAUUGACACGAGCACUUUAGAGUUCCAGGUUCACAGAAAUCAAACGUCCCUAAUCAAGAGCAGUACAGGGUUUGUAGAGGGCUCAAUCAGGCCCUUUGUGUACAACCUCCUCCUGCUGCCUGGGGAAGUCAAGUCCCUUAGCGUGAGGUUCACUCCUAUCAGCAACCACAGCGUCACCUCCCUCCUCAUAGUCAGGAAUAACCUGACCGUGAUCGACACAAUCCUUCUUCACGGGCGAGGUACGACGGAGAGUCUGAAAGUUGCGGGGAAACCUCCGGGACAAGGCAGCUCGCUGAGGUUUAAGAUAACUGAAGCUCUGUUGAAAGACUGCACAGAAAAAACAAAAGUCAAGGAGCCAAACUUCACCCUCAAAAGAACCUUCAGAGUGGAGAACACCGGCCUGCUCCCGAUCACCAUCAGAUCCGCGGAAAUCAACGGCCAAGUUUGCGAAGGUUAUGGAUUCAAAGUUCUCAACUGUCAAGAGUUUGCACUCAUGCCAAACGCUUCAAAAGACCUCGUCAUACUGUUUACACCGGACUUCACUUCGUCUCGAGUGAUCCGGGAGCUCAAGCUGGUGACAUGCGGGGGCUCGGAGUUUGUGUUUGUCCUGAACGCCUCGUUGCCCUACCACAUGUUGGCUGCCUGCGCGGAGACGCUGCCCAGGCCGAGCUGGGAGCUGGAGCUCUACAUCAUAGUGUCGCUCAUUAUGAGUUCCAUGUUUCUGUUGGUGAUCGGCACGGCCUACCUGGAGGCCCAGAGCAUCUGGGAGCCCUUCAAGAGACGCGUGUCCGUGGAAUCCAACUCCACCUUGGAGACUGGGAGACCGUUUAAUCUCAGGGAAAUUGUGCAAAUUCACAGUGACUCAAAGUUGAACGACUACAGCGACUCGACCCAGAUCUCGAAAGGAUUAUACGCAUCCAGCAACGGCGCGGCGCGGCCAGGAGGCCGACAGGGCAGCAGCCGUACUUUGCCGGACUCGGACAGCCAAGAUAAGAGGUCCAAGCUCGGCAUCACCCGUCCAUCUGUGCCAGCCGCUUCCUCCCAGCUGCCCAAAGGAAGCCCGACGCCGGGCCAGGACGGCCUCGCGGCCGCCUGCCAGCUCACCAAUCGCAAAACGCGCGCCAAACAGCUGGAUCUCCAGAGUCAAAGUUUAGCUGUGCCAUCGUCGCCUCAGAGAGGUCUCUGCCCCGAGGAUGCAGAUUACGCUAGUCUGAUAGGAGCCAUGGACAACGACCUCGACCGUCCAGAUUGUCUUGCGGAAGCGAGUCUACAGGAGCAGAGCUCUCUGUCCAUACAAAAUAAAGUGUUGGAAGCCAAAGGGAAGCUGAGGGCGAAAACAAAAUCCCAGAGGAAGAAGGAAGAAAAAGAGAAAAAGUCAACAGUAAAGACACAGGGAGAUGAGCUCAAAGAUAACCUGGUGGACAACGACGACAGCUCCUCCACUACCACAGAGACCUCCAAUCCAGAUGUGGAGACAAACAUCAAAGAGGAACCAGUAAAAAAGAAAGGAACAACAGUAACUACUGGAAACGUGAAAGAAGAAACUUCAAACUUCCCUUUUAAACCUAAAACCAAGAAACCAGUAACCACAAAGAGAGAAAACCAGGCAGAAAAAUCCAGUUCUCUGGAGCUGCCAUAUGUGACACCUCUGGAAAACAAACAACGAAAGAGCUUCACAUCCAAAGUCCUGCACCCCCUCUCCACCAUCCCAAAGACCCGACCCCUGCAGAAACCGAGAUUAGACGAGAAGCUGGGGGACGGACGCCCCUCCCUCUUGGCCAAACUGCUGUCCAGCGGCUCCGGGCCAGAGCCGGGCCACAGCAGCAGCUCCGAAGGCGAGAAGGAGUGCGGCUCUCCGGAGUGGGACGUCCCUCUUUCCAGAAACAGCAUACAGGCAGAUCUGCAGCAGAUCUCCUUCCAGACGAUAAAUGCAGAUCCAUUCCUGAAGAGAUCCUCCACGUCCUGCUCCCCUCCGCCCACCUCUCCCAGCCUACUGUCCCGAGGCACCUACAGCAGCGUGCUCAACAGUAACAGUGAAUCGAACCAGAAAAAGGCCCCGGGAAAUAAACUGUCCACAGCCGCUCCACUCCCAGGAAAAAAUGGAAACCCCACCUUUGCUGCCGUAGCGGCAGGUUAUGACAAAAGCCCAGGUGGCUCUGGCCCCGGUAAAACCGACAUCCAGGGCAAGAGUCUGGCACACAUGCCCUCAGUGGAAAGCGACAGCUCGGACAGCUCUGGAAUGUGGCCAAUUGACACGGCCUCUAGUCCACAGUACCAGUCCACCAACUCAUUCUCUGCGUUCGGACCCAGCAACUCCUUCAACCUGGCGGCGGGAGUCAUCAGUGGCAUGAAGUCGUCCGAGCCUCAGCAGAGCUGGCCCGACUUCACCGCCGUCCCGUCCUCCUCCAUCUGGGACGUGACGAGCAAUGACUCUCUGCACUCCUGGCCCAGCAGCUCUAACUCGCCGACGGCCCCGACCACAACAUCAAUCCUGGGAAACGGCCGCAGUCCUUGGUCUGCAACCACACCCUUCAGCAACUCUAUUUGGUCAACAAGUGCAGACUCAGGCUUGAACCCUUUUGCUCCGGCGACCAGUCCAACGACUCUGACCGAUCUGGUCAGCAGUCCUGCCCCGUCGCCACCGGCUGCCGCCGAGGUGAGCUGGACCUACAACCCGUGGAGCAUGUGGCGCCCCACCUUGAGCAGGCGCAACAACGAGCCGUGGCCCAGCUCCUCCGACAACGGCAAUUAAAACAGCACUUAUCAGAUUAUUUUAUUAUGAGAGAACCCCAACAGAAAGCAACAUCACACGGAGCGCCCGGUAGCCCAGCGUUGCAGGUUAUCAAACCCGCAUUUAGUUCUUUGCAGCUUUUUAUUCAUGGGGACAAAAUGCUAACUUUUAUUUGGAUUUGUUUUAACAGGUGCCCCUAAAUUAAAAAUAACAGCAUUGGAUAUGCUAAUGGCAGUGCAGAGAGUUGGUUCUCGGAGUUUGGUACAUGACACAAGCUCUCAGUAUUAAUGACAUCUCAUUUUAAGCCAUGGGUUUUUCAAUAUUGUUUCAGUUCUUAUUGGUUUUUGUUAAAACUUUGUUUUGAAAAGUAAAAUUUGCCAACAUUUGCAUCAGAAGCAUUGCACUAGCCUUUUAUUUGACAGCAGGGCUCUUAAUAAGAAAUGGAUUUAUUUUUAUUUUUUAACCAACGGCCCAAAAAGCUUCAAGAACGUUCAGGCUCACAAAUUUUAAAGUUCACCUCGACUAUCAAAACCUCCUGUGGUAAUAAAUUGGUCAAGUGAUCAAAGAAUAUUUAAGUUCGAGGUUUGUAUUGUACAUCGCCUCUUUUUGUCAGCAAAUUUAAAUAAAAGAUUUCAGCAGAAAA